AGCUACUUUGCCCAGCUCCGGCGGUCCAAUCCAGCUCGGAGCAGCAGCCUGCUUCCUGGCGGUACUCGCCUCUUCUCACGGGUCCACGGCGCCUAGCGGCAGACACGUGAACUCCUCACAGCUGAGCGUAGCAUCCUCAGCUGUCUCAUCUAUCACGUGAAAACGCCCGGGUCUUGUUUGUUCGGAGCACAUGAAGGUGAAAUUUGCUUGGUUGACAUAAGCAGGGAUGCAUAUUUUAAUAAACUGUGAGAGAGAAAGAGCCGUCGCUGCCGGCGGUGGUUCCUAAAACUACAGUCAGUGCUGUCUUGAACGCACCCCACUCGAGUGCCUCGAUUUUGUUACAACAGGAAUAAUGGCUGCACAGGAGCAGUCUCCACCAUCUUCCCUGGAAGGCAACAAACCUGGCUUCCCAAAGAAAAUUUUGGCCAACAGCCUCGAGGACAAGCAUUUGUGCAACUCGUGCCAGAAAGUGUUGAGGAGGCCUUUGCAAGCCCAAUGCGGUCACCGCUUUUGUUCGUUCUGUUUCAACAAAAUUGUGAGUUCUGGACCACAGAAGUGCAGCGCUUGCAUCAAAGAAGACUUGUUUGAGGACCCCACCUCCAUUCUCAAGCAAUGCGGUGCUUUCCCAGACAACGCGGCUCGGAGAGAAGUGGAGGCCUUGGCGGCCGUCUGUCCCAACGAAGAGUGCACGUGGACGGGGACCAUUAAAGAGUUCGAGGCCAGCCACGAGGACAACUGUGACUUCAUGAUCAUCCUGUGUCCCUCCUGCAAGGAGCUGAUGAGGGCCAACGAACAGGAGCGCCACAACGAGCGAGAUUGUCCAGAGAGGACGCUCAACUGCAGAUACUGCAAAGAACCCUUCCUGUUAAAGAACAUCAAGGCUCAUGAUGAAAUCUGUCCAAAGUACCCGAUGAUUUGUGAAGGUUGCGCGAAGAAAAAGAUCCCCAGAGAAAAGUAUGUGGACCAUAUUAAGUUCUGCAGUAAAUGUAAAGCACCAUGCAGAUUUCAUGUUGUUGGCUGCGAUGCGUCUGUGGAGAAAGAGAAGCUUUGUGACCACGAGCGGCAGUGUUCGUACGAACACCUCAACCUGCUCCUGCACUUCAUCAUGGGCAUCAAGGUGAGCCUGGAGAGCCUGCAGCCCCAGAGCCUGGAGGUGGCCAGCCACAAGCUGCGUGAGCUCCACCAGUCCCUCAGGGACUUGGAGCUCAAGAUGAGCCAGAUGGGCGGCGGUGGCGCUCCCUCACAGGGCGCCUGCGGCCCGUCCCUCGCCACCUCCUUCACGCGGCUUCCCAGCGCGGCGGGCGCCGCCCUGGAGCUCCAGCUCCAGAGCGAAAAGGCCAAGGUGGCCGAGCUGAGCCGCCGCUGCCAGGAGCUGGAGCUCAAGGUGGGCACGUUCGAGAACAUUGCGUGCGUCCUCAACCGGGAGAUGGAGCGCUCCUGCACCACCAUGGAGGCGUACAACCGCCAGCACCGGCUGGACCAGGACAAGAUAGAGAUCCUCAACAACAAGGUCCGUCAGCUGGAGAGGACGGUGAGCCUGAGGGACCUGUCCAUCGUGGAGAUGGAGGGGAAGAUGAGGGAGAUGUCUGCGGCCACGUACGACGGCACCUUCGUCUGGAAGAUCUCUGAUUUCACCAAGAAGAGGCAGGACGCCGUGGCGGGCCGCGCCCCCGCCAUGUUCUCUCCCGCCUUUUACACCAGUAAAUACGGCUACAAGAUGUGCCUGCGGAUCUACCUGAACGGAGACGGGACGGGCCGUGGCACACACCUGUCUCUGUUUUUCGUGGUGAUGAGAGGACACAGCGACGCGCUCCUCAAGUGGCCUUUCAAUCAGAAGGUCACCCUGAUGCUGCUCGACCAGAACAGCAGGGAGCACAUAAUCGACGCCUUCCGGCCCGACGUGUCCUCCUCGUCCUUCCAGAGGCCCGUCAGCGACAUGAACAUCGCCAGCGGCUGCCCGCUCUUCUGUCCACUCCCCAAGCUGGACUCCAAGAACUCCUACAUACGCGACGACACCAUCUUCAUCAAGGCCAUCGUGGACCUCACUGGGCUUUAGGUAAAAGGACGAAGGGAACAAACCCAAACCUUUGCCUUUUGUUGCAGUUCGAAUCGACAGGAUCUCUAGCACGUCUAGUGCUACACAACACCAGAGCAGUAAGCUUUUUGUCUUCGGCCAGUAGCUGUUGGUUUCCAAAUCUUUAAGUGACUGUAUUUAGUUUACCAUCAAACUUGACAAGAGCAUAGAUUUCCUACCAAAGUGACUGGAGGAGUUAAUGCAAUUUUAUUAUGCCAGUAUUUCUGUAUCAACAGAAGACCCUCUCAAUGUAUUUGAACUGACCGGGGCAGACUGGCGUGGAAUAUUAUGCUUGUAAAAGUACACGACUAAGAAUACGUAGUCUCUAAUCUCCAAUCAUCGUCCUGUGGCGCCUUUCAUCAUCUAAGGAAGUGGACAUCAAACAUCAGCCGUGUUUCCCUUCAGUCGUUGAGCGAAUAUCUUCUAAACUAGGCUACAGCGCGGUCUCACCAGAAGUCAUAGGCGCUAUGGGGUCACCCAUGGCUGUAAUCGGCCAAUAAGUGUGCAAACCGCGGACAUAACCAGUAGCUUUGGCCAUCUAACCAAUGAACAAUAGAGGGGCCGUUUUAAUGGCGCUGUCCUGUUUCAAGCUGUCCGGAGAUAAGAAAAACAGGGAUCCCACUUCAUGGGAAUAGUUGAGAAGACGGCGAAACAGCGGAUCAUUCAUGAGAGUUAAAUGGCCAGUGUGUGGUUGCAUCCCAUCCACUUUUUUUUUGGCAAACGGGAAAAACCACCUUCAGCGAGCGUAACAAAUUUAGGGAAUUAUGCCGUGUCCUUACAGAUGCACAUUAAACUAUGUGAAUGGAGCGAACGGCUGUUGUUUUCUUCCUGAAUAAGUCUCUUUUAUUGCUGCCAGCUGUUCCAAAAUAAUCAAGCCUUAACUAGUAGCUUGUAUAACUGCCAUAACUUGAGUUAAACUAGGGAAAAGCUAGAAGUGAUAUGUUUGAUACUUUGAAGUUUUAGUUAUUAUUGAUUUACAUAUCCAGCAAACACAGAGGGAUGUUAGCGUUCAGUAGGAGUCACUUCUUGGCAACCUGAUGAACGGUCCAACAUGAUCUCCUUUUACUUCCGUUUUGGUCUCCACCCUCUUCUAAAACAUCUGGCUCUGUAUCUUGGCAGCUGCAAAAUUUGGUUCUAAUUCACUUUCGGGGGGAUGUUGCUGUGACUGCUUACUACUACACACACCUGUCAGAUAGAGCAGCUGUUAAACUACCAAGUGCUGCUGAGGUUUUGGUAGUUUUUGUAUUUUUUAAUUUCUGGACUUUGUUUUUAAGUAAAAAAAUGAGGAGCUUUCAGAGCAGCGCCCCCGCCAUGAAGCUUAAGCGCCCUAAAAACCCAGCGGUGCAUCGCGCUGGCCCAGGCGCUGGUGCUUGCCUACAGCCUGACAUUCGGUCCACACCUUUUUGGGGGGACAGGGGGGGGAUUUGUGACUUUUUCUUUUAUGGCGUGUAGUUCCGAUGACAGUGGGAGGCGGCCAUGUAGCCCUCAGCGCCCUAAGUGGUGCAGCCGGACCUGUGUACUGUUCCUUUAGCGCCUGGGCCUCCGGUUCUCAAGUCUUCAGUGGGGAUCAUUCAUGGCGGUGGACAUUGCUUGAAUUCCAUGAAUUCCGAGUGCAGUAUUUCUGUGUGUUUUUCCCAUUUCUUCGCCGUUGGUGUGCGCGUUGGCUCCAACACGCAGCGUAGCCUGCAACAGUUUUUUGGCCGCUGGUCUGGGACGGCGAUGGAGGUUGAGCCCCCCCAAAUGGAAAUAUGACAUUUUAUUAAAAUUCAAAUCUAUAUUUGCAUACUUGGUCCAAAAUACCUUUCAAUCUUCCGCUUGGGCUUUUUUCAAUAUUUGUUGUCUGCAUAUUGACCAAUAUCAUUGUAGUAAUUUAUAAUAUUGAUGCCAUGCAGACGUACAAAUAUUGAAAUGGCCAAAAUGAAAUAUUGAAUAAUUCAGUGAUUUUCCACAUAUGUCCACUGCUUUGUCUUCACAGAAAGGAUCCAUUUGUGCAACCUGAGCUUCUUCCAAUCCAACUAAUUAUCCACAGUGUUGUUACUUUGGCACAAAACAUAAUCUCAACCUGCUCAAUGUCGAUAUUUUCUUCCCCUGACAUUCAUCCUCUUUUACAUUUGUUCAUAAGCGCAUGUUUGUAAUUUCUCAGCAGCAUUCAAGUGGAGAUAUUACUAAAUGGAUCCUUGGGUGAAGACACACAGUCAUAUUUCCAUAUCGGUGUAGAGAUAGAAGGACUCUGGAUGGAGGCAAAACCAAGGUAUUCAAAGAUGAAAUGGUUGAUAUUAUUGUAAUAUUUUCCUAUUUUUGGCUUUCCUCACAGCUUUGAACUGACCUACUUUUUACAGAUAAAGAAGUGCCUGUACUUUUUUUUUUUAAUGUUCCAUGAUCCCACUUUGCUAUGAAUGUGCUUUCCUGUGAGUUUAAACCUACCAAAAUGUUAUUGCUGUCAUUUAUACACCCCCCCCACCCCCUUCUGAACUCUUUUAUGUGAUAAUCCUAGUGACUUAAGAAUGUCUCCCUCUGCAUACACAGAACUAAUGAAUGUUACAAUUUAACUUAAUGUCAUCUAAGAUCAGCAUUUGGCAUCUUCAUCCAAACCCAUCCGGCAUGUUUUUAAACCUCAACAAAUACCGAAAGCUCUUUGUGCACUUUGUUAUGUUUCAGUGAAGGAAAAAGUGCAUUUAACUAUAACGCAAAACCCAUGCGUCUGCAGUCUGACCUCCGCAGCUCCUUUGUUCCUUUUGCUCUCCCGGCGUCACGGAAACGUGUCCCCCGGUUGUCUCCUCUUCAGCGUACGUUGUGGACAUUUUGCAUGUGUGACUGUGUCCCCCAACCAAUCGGCUGCUACGUGGCUGUUUCCUUUGCUCUUCUCUGUGGAUCUCGCUGAUCCUGAUGCGGGCCGGGACUCAUCUGUUAAUCAUAGCUGGUGAACGCAACAACAAAAAGGGCUUCACAUACCCCCUGUCCCCAUCUGCUACAAUGUCCCCCAAAGGCAAAGACACACACACACACACACACAUACGUUUCCGUAGCUGGGUCCGUCAAAAACGGAUCCGACAGGACCUCCUUGGACACACUGCUGCUGCGGGGAGGCAGAACGCAUCUGGAGCCCGUCAGAGGCUGUGCUGUGUCAGCCAUGUUGACUCCUAGGAGAUACCACACUGCCUCACUGUGCAACACAACAAAAACAAUGGGUCCAUGUUUCGUGCGCAUUUCGAUGAACUCUCCGGAGCAGUCAAACUGGAACGGUUUUGACUUAUUUACAUAUCGGUUCCUCUCUAAAGCCCGUGUUGAGAUUAAGAUGAGGAGCUUUUCAUCAGUAGCAACGACAUCCAACUGCUUGUUGUUCUCGCCGCUGCGUUGUGUUGAUAGUGACUUGUGUGUUUGUGAACUCUUUGUACUACCGGGAAAUUUUGUUCCAUAUUUGUAUUUAGUUUUGUUUUAUUAAAGGUUUUAAGAUGCCCUGAAUGGAAAGAAGUGCACUGUUUAAAAAAAAAAAC